AUGUCUGGAGGAAGUCUCCUAUUUGCUGUACACAUAGCCCUUCUCCUUCUCCUUCUUCCUCCUUCCUUCUGUUUCCAAACAUCCACCGUGGAAGAUAGUGCCCUCUUUUGUGGCAAUAUUAACAUAAGGUCUCCAUUCGAUUUAAAUGGAGACCUUAAAAAAUGUGGCUACAACACUUUUGAGCUAUAUUGUGAGGAAAAUGUUACCAUAAUAUGCUUGUAUUCGGGAAAGUAUCACGUAAAGGCGAUCAAUUACAGUGACUGGACAAUCCAAGUUGUGGAUGCUGGUGUUCAGAAGAAAGACAACUACUUCUCCAACCCACGUUACUCUUUAACCUCCUUGAACCUUAGUGAUGGAAAUCCUUUCUCCUACGCUCUUCAGUUUACUGACACAUCUAUUCAAGAACUCCGACUGUAUAGUCUAGUAAUACGUGAAGUGCCGAUAAUUUUUAUCAGCUGUGCAAAUCCAAUGCAUUCUCCUCGCCUUGUUGAUACAGCUCCAUGCAUCAACAAUUCUACCAAUUCUUCUUUGUCCAGUACUUUAAGAAUGUUUUCUUAUGUCAUAAUUGGCUUGAAUGGCUCCAUAAUAAGUCCCUUCGAUUUGGGGGAGUCCUGCAAAAUAACACAAAUGGUUGUGGUGUCAUCUUCAACAUCUACAGAUCUGCACCAGAACUUGUCCUGUGAAGGCUGGGUAAUCUCUUUGUAUUUCUAUGGGCUCACCCACGAGUGCUACAGGGGAAUCCCCCUUUAUCUGCUUCCGUUAACCUGUGUAAUCCCUUACUUAGGAAUAUUGCACAUAGUCAUAUAUGUGUUUGGCUUUCCCUGUGCAACUGCAUUAAUAAUAUACAAGUGGAAAAGGAGGCACUUGUCAAUGCAUGACAAUAUAGAAGACUUUUUGCAGAACAAUAAGCUCAUGCCAGUAAGGUACUCUUACUCAAACAUAAAAAAGAUGGCCAAAGGUUUCAAGGAAAAAUUGGGUGAAGGAGGCUAUGGCUCUGUAUACAAGGCAAAGCUUCGUAGUGGUCGCCUUGUAGCCAUUAAGAUGUUGGGUAAGUCCAAUGCUAAUGGGCAAGACUUCAUCAACGAAGUUGCUACCAUUGGAAGGAUUCACCAUGUUAACGUGGAGCAACUCAUUGGCUUCUGUGUUGAGGGUUCAAAGCGUGCUCUCGUAUACGACUUCAUGCCUAGUGGAUCGCUUGAUAAAUACUUAUUUUCUCAACAAGGAGUUAUCUCUUUGAAUUGUGAGAAAAUGUUUGAAAUCGCGCUUGGAGUGGCUCGUGGUAUUGAAUAUCUGCACAGAGGAUGUGAAAUGCAAAUUCUGCACUUUGACAUCAAACCUCAUAACAUUCUUCUUGAUGAUAAUUUUCUUCCCAAGGUGUCUGAUUUUGGAUUAGCAAGGCUAUGCCCGCUAGAUAAUAGCAUUGUAUCUUUGAUGGCAGCAAGAGAAACUCUCGGAUACAUAGCACCAGAGUUAUUCUAUAAAAACAUUGGAGGUAUUUCAUACAAAGCUGAUGUUUAUAGUUUCCGAAUGCUAUUGAUGGAAAUGGCUUGCAGAAGAAAGAAUUUAAAUGCAACCAUAGAGAAGUCGAGCCAAAUAUACUUUCCAACAUUGGCUUUUGACCAAUUGAGUGAUGGAAAGGACAUAAAAAUUGGCGACGCCACAGAUGAGGAAGAGAAGAUCAUAAAGAAGAUGAUCAUUGUAGCAUUGUGGUGCGUGCAAAUGAAACCUAGUGACCGUCCUUCCAUGAAUAAAGCAGUUGAGAUGCUUGAAGGAGAAAUUGAGAGCCUUGAAAUGCCUCCAAAGCCUUUCUUGUAUCCACAACAGAUGCCAGAAGUUGUUCCUGGGGACAAUUCAAGUACCACAAGUGCAUCAACUGUGACAAAUUCUACAAAAAUCGUUUCGAUUGUAGAUGCGGAUUAA